UUUCGGUCUCCGUAGCAGCCACCGUGGGCUCUGGGGCUGCUCGGAGUUGCAACACCGCAGUAAAGUCCGGUUCCGCUGUUAUCCGUGGCGGUGACAGACCACCAACAAACCCCUCCGUAGCAUCCAAAAUCCUCCCGCCGAGCCAUCGAAUGUCUGCCCCUGCAGCUCCAGCAGCAACCCCGGCAUCGACGCUUGGUGUGUCCACCCGCCUGGACACGAAACCAUUCGCUUCCAUGCAGAUACGAUAUAGUAAAGUCCAAGCUGCGCGGUUAUUCCUCGGUUUCGACACUUUCGCCGCCAAUCUCUUGAGGGUUGUCGAGGAUAGCUCCAGCCGAUAACGGGCCCCACCAGACCGACACUGGCUCAAGGGGAGGCUAAAGUCGGCAAGGGGAAUAAUGCACUUGGCGGACUGGAGAGGGCUUGUCAGUGAGUCACGCCGGAAACGGUUACAUGAUUGUGUAUUUCACCGGUCAAACAUUAUGAAAUAUGGAAUGAAUCCCAGCGAUUGGCUGAUUUGCAGUAUAAUUAUUCAUAAAAUAAGGCGGGAAUAGACCAAAGGGGAGGGAUGUGGAAGGCUGGCAGUGACAAUUUUAUAAUCUCCAUUUUGGUAACCACAGCAGUCACAUGUUUUACUGUAGUUGUUUCCGAAUCCAGGGUGUGUGUAAUCACCACCAAGGUCAAUCAUUUGAUUCAAAUGACAUCGGCGCUUAUUGCUCAUUGGGUUUAGUUAUAUUAAAAUGUGUCCCCAACAUUGGCUUCGAAGGUCAUCACUGUUCUGUCUACUGUGAAAUUACUGCGUGAAAUGAUGCAUGACAGGCUCACUGUGCAUGCAAUGGAAGCAAUGCAAGAAUGUAAAUGUAUGCCGAUAAAUAAUAUACAUCAAAAGAUACACAACAGCUAUAGAUUUUAAACUGACCAAUAUCAAUAUGCAUUGGUCAAACAUGAAUGUACAAAACACACGCACCACACGGGGGCAUCAUUCAGCACAUUGGACAGCGACGUGUUCCGUGACGUGUCCACGUCGGCUACCGGAAGCUACGUCAUCUGAUGGAUUUAAAGCUUUUUAUUUUAUUUUGCUGGAUAAAGAUUAAUCUCGUUCGAAGAAAAUUGAUUUUUGUCGUUAAUCUGUGACUCAGGGGUAGGAUCCACCCGUGAUUAAAACGACUGGUAUGACGUGACGGCCAGUGUUAAUUUGUAUCAAAAUCACCAGGGGAAAGCAACACCUGGGUCCACGUAGUACGUUCCCAACCAUGAGGAGGUGACAGCCAGAUAACUCUGCUGCUAGGUCUUGCUGCUUGGACAUAUGGCAAGGAUCACUUUCUCAUGCCUGCCAGCCUCCUGGUACUGCAGUGUGUCCUUGCUGUCUCUGGGUUGUGUGCCCAGGCAAAGGGCCUUCUUCCUGGUGUUCCUCACCUGCUCUGCCCUGGUUUUCCUGGGGGUCUACCAGACUGAGCUCUGGGGGCCCCAGCGCCACAGGGGACACGUCAACAAAUACCUCUCAUCUGUGGAGACCAUGGAGGCGACUGAUGUCACCAACGCAGCUCUAAACUAUGGGAUCGUGGUGGACUGUGGCAGCAGCGGCUCCAGGGUGUAUGUGUACUACUGGCCCCCCCACCAUGGAAACCUCCACACCCUGCUGGACAUCAGGCAGAUGAGGGACCACGACCGCCACCCUGUGGUCAAGAAGAUCAAACCUGGUAUUUCCACCAUGGCACUGAGCCCAGCCAAGGCCAGUGACUACCUCCACCCCCUCCUUUCCUUCGCUGCCACCCAUGUCCCCAGGAAGAAACACAAGGAGACUCCUCUCUAUAUCCUCUGUACUGCUGGCAUGAGACUGCUGCCUGAGAGUCAGCAGGCUGCUAUCCUGGAGGACCUGGUAAGAGAUGUUCCAGUGGAGUUUGACUUCCUGUUCUCCAGCUCCCAUGCAGAGGUGAUCUCUGGGAAACAGGAAGGUGUAUAUGCAUGGAUUGGUAUUAACUUUGUGUUGGGACGCUUUGACCAUGCAGAGUACGAAGAUGAUGCAAUGGUGGAGGUCACUACAGGGUCACAGAACCAUCACCCAAUUAGCCGGCGGCGUACAGUGGGCAUCAUGGACAUGGGCGGAGCCUCGCUGCAGAUAGCCUAUGAGGUGCCUAGCGCGGUCCACUUCAGUUCACCUGAACAGGAGGAGUCGGGUAAGAGCCUGCUGGCAGAGUUUAACCUGGGCUGUGAUUCAGAGCACACGCAGCACGUCUACCGUGUAUAUGUCACCACAUUCCUGGGCUUCGGGGGGAACAUGGCUCGACAGCGCUACGAAGACCAGCUGGUCAACUCCACCAUCACCAAGAACAGGCUGACAGGCGAUCAGACAGGCAUGAUGGAAGCCACGCCCCUUGCGGACCCAUGCCUCCCUGUCGGCCUAUCAGACGUGGUGCGUCGGGACGGCCGUGCGGUCCACCUGAGAGGGCAGGGGGACUGGGCGCGGUGCCAGGGGGCAGUCAGGCCUUUCCUGGGUCUCCACAACGGCACCAUGGGAUCCCCCAGGGGGGUGUACCAGGCCCCCAUCGACUACAGCAACUCAGAGUUCUACGGCUUCUCUGAGUUCUUCUACUGCACUGAGGAUGUACUGAGGAUGGGGGGACCGUACGACAGCGCUAAGUACUCCAAGGCUGCCACGGACUAUUGUGCCACCAAGUGGUCAACCCUCACCAAGCGUCUGGACAGCAAGCUGUUCUCUAAACAAGCAGACUCCUCCAGACUGAAGUACCAGUGUUUUAAGUCAGCCUGGAUGUUCCAGGUGCUCCACUCAGGCUUCAGGUUCCCUAAGGACUACCCCAGCCUGAAGACUGCUCAGCUGGUCUAUGACAAGGAGGUGCAGUGGACCCUGGGAGCCAUCCUGUUUAAGACACGCUUCCUGCCUCUCAGGGACCUCCAGGCAGAGUCAUUUAAACAGGGCCACUCCAACUGGCUGCGUUCCUCCUUCGUCUACAACCACUACCUGUUUUUUGCCUGUAUCCUGGUGGUCCUGCUGGCCAUUCUACUGUACAUCCUCCGCCUCCGCAGGAUCCACCAGCGAGAACAGAGGCAGGCAGAGGCCCUGGACCUGCUCUGGGUGGAGGAGGGGGAGGCUCUUCUGGCCUGAUCCAGGAUCAGUUUAGACUCUGAAUCUUUCUUGACCUGAGGCCUUGGGUGUGGGGGGGUUACUGAUCUAGGAUGAGUCGAGAUGCUCUCAGUAACUGGUGUUCAUAGCCUGGUAUGCACAGCUCUAGGAUCAACCUUUCACCCUCUGAGUUGUAAGCUUGACUGGUGCUCUAUUUGUUAAGAGGCACUGAUCUAGGAUCAGAUUAUCAACCCGCAAAUCAUGACCUUGACUGGGACCAACGCCCUGUUGGGACAAUGAUCUAGGACCAGCUUAGUCACGCUGAAUCAUAACGUUGACUAUUGGCUAGAAAUGCAAUAGCAACGUCAUCCUACAACAGGUUUUAAUUAUGGGGGUGCUGGACACUCCCGUUUCUUUAACAGAUAUCAACGUUGACCUGGCCGUGAGCACCCUCGUAAAAUAAAAUAUCAACCAAGGUCCAAAUCACUAUUUAUAGUAACCUCUGACCUAGAGUGUUGAUGUAAACAUAAGUAGGAGGGGCCAUGGAACCGGAACCUUCAAAAGGGGGAGGAGAAUUGCAGGAUGUGGGUGAAACCUCAUGAAGGGAGAACUAGAUCGUUAAAACAACGAAACAGGAGAAUCCCAACAGGUGAACGACUGAGGACCGAGCCUUUCUAUUGGAGAUAAUUCACUGUUGCAGAGGGACAUUUUGUGUGAAGGAAGGUGAAGCUAGACGUUUGAGGCUGAAGUUGCCCUUAACCACAGAUCUAGAAUCAAGUAACCUACUCCUAAUCCUAACCUUAACCAUGAGGGGGAUGCAAAUAAAAUCUGACCCUGUAUCUGUGGUUAGUGGUAACUUCUAGCUACUUUUUGAUGAAAAGGGUGCCUCUAUGAUUGUCUGUUUUGGACAGUAUUGUAACCAUGAUGAUAGUUUCUAUCUGACCAGUAUACUUCCUGUAAAUCUCACAAACAGGAAGUGCAUUAAUUCCUUAAUAAUCCCACUGUGGGAAUGCUUUUGUAUUGAAAAGCUACAAUGAGGAAUCAAACAUGGGGUGGCAGGUAGCCUAGUGGUUAGAGCUUUGGGCCAGUAACCAGCAGGUAGCCUAGUGGUUAGAGCGUCGGGCCAGUAACCAGCAGGGAGCCUAGUGGUUAGAGCGUCGGGCCAGUAACCAGCAGGUAGCCUAGUGGUUAGAGCGUCGGGCCAGUAACCAGCAGGUAGCCUAGUGGUUAGAGCUUUGGGCCAGUAACCGAAAGGUUGCUUGAUCGAAUCCCCGAGCUGACAAGGUAAAAAUCUGUCGUUCUGCCCCUGAACAAGCAGUUAACUCACGCCGAAAGACGUGGAUUUAGAUUAUGGCAGCCCCCCGUACCUCUCAGAUUCAGAGGGGUUGGGUUAAAUGUGGAAGACAUUUCAGUUGAAUGCAUUCGGUUGUACAACUGACUAGGUUUCCCCCUUUCCCUUCUCAAACAAUUUAUUACAGCGGUUCAUUGAAUGUCCUUAACGUUUUUAACUAUUUGUUUUGGUGCUGGGAACAGAUUGUUCUGAGCCAGUUAUGUUGAUGACAAGCUAGGAGUGAAACGGGUUGUCAGUGUUUAAUGGAUUGUAGUUGAUGCCUUCUGAUUGCAUUGUGUUGAACUGUGGUACACACACACACACACACACACACAACUGAACUCCAAGUUGUGUGUUACGAUGGGUCUAUGUCAGACUGUCAAUGUUAGUUACCACCAGCUCCUCACCUGCCCUGUACUGUAAAUAUCCAAUCAGACAUCACUAUCGGUCUGCUCUACUCCUCUUGAUAAUGUUGGGAGGUAUUGCUGCUGUUAAAUGAGAUGCAUUGAAUUGCUAAUCAAAGGAGCUAUCUUGUUAUUUUGAGGCUGUAUAAUUUGAGUCGUCACAAUGCAAGUGGAAGUGUAGCGUCAGUGAUUUUAAUGUCAAUUCAUCACACUUCCUUUUGGCUUUGGACUCUUUCUCUGGCUGAAACCUUCAGUGCAGCAUUUGAAUGGGGUCUUAUACCUUCCCUCGGUUUGACCCGUUUGUUUUGUUAAAAUGUACAAGAGGAAGGGGCCUCUAAUUGUUGCAGCUCUAUUUUGACUCUUCCUAAAGAAGGACCAAUGAUCAACUGGACCAAGUUUGUGUUCCAAAUGGCACCCUAUUCCCUAUAUAGUGCACUACGUUAGAGUGGGGCCCUAUUCCCUAUAUAGUGCACUACUUUAGAGCAGGUCCCAUAGGGCUUGGGUUAAAAGUAUUGCACAAUGUAGUAAAUAGGGUGCCAUUUGGGACAUAAUCCUAACUGUCUUGUCGGUCUCUUAUUGAGGAAAAAUAACUACAUGGAUGUGGGAAACAAACAUCUGUUUUAAAUAAAUCAAUGUUUUAAAACAU